AUGGACUAUGAUAUAACACGCUGGCUCCCAACUGGAAUUGCUGCCAUUCGGCACCCGGUGGCUAUGAUGUCCUCACACUUUCAAUUCCUUUCACGCAGUCAGGCCGACGAGGCUGUGGCUCAGGUGCAAGGCAUUGGGGUCGACGCCAUCGCAGUGGAAGCCAGAGGAGCCGAUCCGGCGGCGCCGGCGACGGUGGUGAGCGCCGCGGUGGCUCGAUGGCGGCACAUCGAUAUUAUAGUCAACAAUGCGGGCACCUGGGAGGAUUACAACUUCAAGGAUAUGACGUACGAGCCCUGGGAGCGGCAGUUGCACGCCAACACUACAUGCCGGUUGCCUGGCCUACGUGGGAUGCAAGGGGCCAUUGCGCUAGCACGAGAGCUCGGCCACAAAUACAACGCCACCCUGAAUUGCAUUAGCCCGGGUCCCAUUGGCACUGAGCUCUGGGCACAAAGUACUCAGGAUCCCGAAAUGUCAAAAGCGUGGCAGUCGAGCAUUCAAAGCACCCCUGCUGCCCCUCAAGUCGGUGAAGUUGACGAUAUCGCGCAGAUCGUGGCUUUUCUUUCGGAGGAGAGCAGUCGAUGGGUCACCGGCAUGGUUGUGAGCGCCAACGGGGGUUUGAUGUUCGACUAA